AUGGCGAGAACGAAGAAGACCCCUACACCUGCGACACAUUCUACACGGCGGCGCUCUUCCAGAAUACGACUUUUGAACAAGCGGAGAACACUAAAUCAGCGCAACAACCAACGCGCAGGUACGCCCGCCGCACCUAAAUCGUCGUUCUCAGACCUGCCGGCAGAAAUCAUCAUUCAAGUCUUCAAAUCCGUCGAUGAUUUUUCCACCGCUGCCGCUCUGAGCAACGUUUCACGCAACCUCUUCACCAUCUGGAAGCAAGAUCUCCCGUCCAUCUGCAGAGCAGUACUUCCCCGCACUGUCGACUGUUUCGAUGAAGCCCAAGAUCUCAUGGAAGCUCAGUCUCACUCUGCACAGAAUCAGCAGUCGUCUGAUGCAAUCCAGGCAACCAUAGGCCGCGCGGAGCUCUUUUUCUCAAAUGCCGCUAUCGCGUGGCUUGCUUCCUCUCGCUACGAACGGAGUGUCAUUGAUCAUGCUAAGGGAAAAUUUGAUGACCGCGGUAUGACAACGGCGGAGCGAACAUACUUUGUGAAAGCGUGGUACCGGCUUAUGACAAUAAUAACGUUAGUAAAAGACUUUGAGCCUCUCCCAUAUGGUCGUCUGGUAUCCAUGGAUUUCUUAGGGUUUUCCCAAAUGAUGGACGUAUUGCACUGGCUGGAAUAUCAUAGUCAGAAAAAGAAAGCCACAUUGAAGAGCAUCACACUUCAUAACGACGAUCUACGCCCGUAUAUUGCUCUUGUGGGAAGUCAACGGUGGUGGUCUCUACAUUGUUUGAACAAACAUCUGACGAAGGAGUCAUUCCCCGAGCAAGGCUUUCCGUUUCCCUGGACGUGGACGCCUUUCUACACAUAUGUGUUUCACGAUCACUAUCCGGAAGAAACUUAUCUAAGAAUGGACGUUGGCUUGGCACAGCUGUUUCCUAGUCUUCCCAAGCAUAUCCUUGAAGGCAUUCUUGAUGGCACUGUGUAUUACUUCCAGUCACAGCAGUGA